AUGGCAAUCUAUUCAUCAGUUCCACCACCGUCACAGCAGGCUUCAGCAGGCCCGGACAUUGAAGCCUGGACGGUUUCGGCUUUAGAAUCACUUGAAGUUUCUCCCAUUGCUCGUGGCACUGGAGUUACACUUUCUAUUCCUCUCGAGCGUGAUGAGUCCUUGAAAGAUACGACGCCGUCAAGACCUGCCGUCUACAAACCUCGCAAGGAACUUUUAAAGCGCGAUAGCCAGAAACACAGAGAGUCAUUGUUAAAGGGAAAGGAGGGCAGUCGCAGGCGCCAAAGAUGGGAGAAUGAUCAUCUCCUUCAUGUUCCAAAUGCCCAGCCUCCGCUCCCUAGUGAUUGGGAAGUUCGUCCGACCUACCCUGUUCAUCAUGUUCCAUACUACCUGGCCCCUUUGUGGGAUGCGGGUGUUCGUCAUCGAGCCGAGGACAUCGCCGCCGAAAAGAAAAUGAAUAGAGCAAAGAAGGCUGGCAGCCAUGAGGAGAAAGGUCGUGUCCCACAGGAUUUGAGGCAGAAGCUCAAGAAGAGUAAGGGGGCAAAGAGUCUUCUUCAAGAUCUGGAGGAGGAGGUCAGAAAAUUCGUUCAAGAAUAUGACGGUAAGCAGAAAAUUUUGGGACGGAUGAAGGAAGAGGAAAUGGACAGUGAGGAUGAGGAGAUUGUGUUCAUUGGAAGAAAUGGCACAAUGAGUGAUGAGCAACGGAACUUAGUUGAAGAAGAGCUACAGAGGGAGAAGCUCAUCUUCGAUUCUUUGGUUGACGAUACGGGAGCAAGCUUCGGACGUUGGCUUGUCCAUUCCAUUGCAUCUUACUACGGUCUUGCUUCUCGGUCUGUCACGGUUGGUGAUCCUGCACGUCGCGAGGCAUAUGUCGCUAUAAAGGACUUGGGUACUGGUGGACAGAUUUCUCGUCUUGCGUCAGACCUUCCUCGCCCAUUGUGGGGAAUGAUUUGA